AUGGCGCGGCCCGCUUUCGUCGCCGUCGCCUUCUUCGCGGCGAUCUGUGGCGCCGAUCGCAUCGGAAAGGCCGAGGGCGAGGUGCAGUACUGGUCCGUGCAGCUCGACCCCGACUCUUCCGAGAGCCUUUCGCGGCAUUGGCGAGCUUCUGCGGGCUACACUGCUGCAAAUGCAUCUGGGAUUGCCAUGAAGGACGAGUAUCACACGACUCUGCUCUACAUCGGGCAUUUCUCGGACCAACAGAUCGCCGCGGCCAACGACAAGCUGCCCUCCGCCGCUGCGGCGGCGAAGCUGCGGGCAGCGCUCCUGGCGCGCGAGGGAACGCAGCUGAAGCUGGAGGUGUCCCGUUUUGUGUGGGAGGACGGCUUCAUCGCUGCAGCGCCCAUCGCUUUCCACAUCGCGGAGGAGGAGAAGUUGUGCGCGAACGUCUACCCCCACGUGACCUUGGGCAUGGCCCAGGGCGUGGCUGCGGUGAAGAGCAAUGAGUUGCUGUCCCGGCGCCGCGCAGAGGGAGAUUUCGAGGCGGGGCUCCCGGAGUUCCUGGCCCAGCUGAAGCUGAAGUCGAUGCUGCCCAGUCUGCGCGCGUGGUGUCGGGACCAGGGGGUGUCCACCUUGGCGGCGCUGGCCGCCCGCGCGAGCGAAGCCGCGGCCGCGGCCGGCGAAGACCCGGAGGCGGCGCAGGAGAUGGCCGCGAAAAUCCGAGGGGCCACAGAGCGCCCGCUUCACGAAGAGUCCGGAUCUGUCUUGGAGCUGACCGGAACGAUUGGCGCCCACCGCUACAGCUGA